AUGGACUGGUCGGAUGAUGAAGAUAUAGGUGUGGAAGGGUCAGGCUCAGGCCACGAUCAGGACGAAGCUAUACCUGCGAUAGAACCAGUCGAAUCGGAUCGCCACCAUGAUUAUGUUAAACCAUCAACCCCAUCACCAACUAUUGUGCAACAAACAACAUCUAUAUCUGCUGAAACACCAGAAGUAGUGAAAGAAGUUCGAACAAAACCGCCGCUUGUUGUGUCAACUUCAACACCUUCGAAAUCAGCUGAGCACGAUUCACCAAUUCGUCUACUAUUAUUAGUUUCAUUGAUAGUUUGUGUGUUCAUUUGA